AUGCCCUCCGAAGGCAAGAUAAUCGCCCCUGGAUUUGUGGACACUCAUCGACAUGCGUGGCAGACUGCCUUCAAAACCUUGGGUUCGAAUACCAGUCUGGCGGAAUACUUUGUGCGAUAUGGCGAGUUCUCACCGGCCAAGAAGAUCUUCACUCCAGAGGAUGUGUAUAUAGGGCAGCUAACUGGGCUAUGCGAGUCGAUUAAUAGUGGUGUGACUUCCAUCCUGGACCAUGCGCACCAUACUUGGUCGAGUGAGACUGCACUGGCAGGCCUUCAAGCCUCUGUGGAUAGCGGAGCCAGAACAUGGUGGUGCUAUGCCUUUCAUAAUCUCAGCGACGCGACCUGGGUUUCCAAUUAUACCCGAGAGGACCAGAUUGCGGAUUUCCUCCACAUUGCCGAGGAUGGUCCAUGGCGGAAGAGCGACACUGUUUCUCUAGGGAUUGCUUAUGAUAAUUUCGCAAUGGAUGAUGCUGCCGAGAUCGAGCAAAUUACCUCCUUGGCUGUGUCACGAAACGUUUCUGCAUUCACGAUGCACUACCUCGGCGGUCCUUGGAGUUACGCAAAUAGUCCUCAACUGGCCAAUCAGUACAAAUUUCUCAACACCUCUAUCCCGAUUGUCUUUUCCCACGCCUCUUACCUGACAGUGGAGGAUGCCGAGUUGCUUCGUUCAACAAACCAAUAUGUCUCCAUCACUGGUUCUCUGGGAAUCGACACCCACUUCACCUACAGCGCAGAUAUCGUCGGCCAAGCGCGCAUGUGGCUGCAGGAAGUCAGGCUCCGACUGUACGCCCAGGUCCUCGACCAUUGGGACAUCCCGCCCAAUAACCCCAUGUCUGUUGAGCAAGCCUUCUUACUGGCGACCCGCGGGGGCGGCCUUGCGCUGCGUCGCCCAGACAUUGGUGUCCUGGUCGAAGGUGCCAAGGCUGAUCUCGUCGUCUUUGACGGUACCUCACCGAAUAUGCUUGGUUGGGACGACCCAGUGGCGGCGGUGAUCCUGCACUCCAACCCAGGGGAUGUUGAACACGUCCUUGUGAACGGGGAAUUUCGGAAACGCGACUUCAAGCUAGUCGUCCCUGAUAACCUGGCUCAAAUCCGGCAGAGAUUUCUUGCCUCUGCGAGGCGCAUCCAGGAGAUAUGGAAGCAGAUGCCGCCUCCUGUAUUGGAGGGCCCGUUUCCGUACACGCCAGAUGUUAAUUACUCCGAUGCUGUGACUGCGGAUGUGGUGCGUGGAUGGGAAAAUGGGUGCCUCUCAUCUUGA